GGUGAUAAAGAACGAAAAAUAGCAUCUAAAACAUCCUAUUUGAUUAAUCAGAUAUUCGAAGUUCAUCCAUUAAUGAAACUUCAUACUAUAAGAGAAAUUGAGCAAUUAAUUUUGUUUCCCACUGCAAAUGAAAGAUCUUUAUAUUAUGAUAUUGUGGAUUCUAAACUUGUCGCUGCAAUCUUAACGGGUGUAAACAGGGCUUACAAAUUUGCCAAGGUUGAUCAUAGUGUAUAUUUUAUUAACCAGCCCGAAGAUCAUGAUGGUGAUGAACAUUUCGUAGAUGUACCAGAUGAUGAUUCAGAUAACCUAGAUCGAAGCGACGAUGAUGAGCCUAAAAAAAUUCAGGUCUCAUCCCAGACAGCAAAUCCUCGAACAUAUGAUGGUCGAAAACGAGAUCCUCAAUAUAGCAAUGCUGAUCAAACAUUUGCUUUAUAUGCAAAGCAACUACUUGAGAAUAUAUCUAUUGAUCCACCACCUGAGCUUCAUCAUCACACAUUAUCGCAUUUCUUGGAUAGAUUUGUAUAUCGUAAUCCCAAAAAGACAGAUCGAAUUAAAGGUGGUAAUCCAUUACUUCAGCCAACAGUCGCUUCGGAGCCAGGAAUGGUAGUAAUGAAGAAAGGUACUGGAAUAUCUAAGGAUGAAAUAAAUGUAAAUUCCGAAGAAUUUUGGAGGAAAAAGCUGGAUGACGUACCGGAGGAUCAAGUUAAUGAAAUAUGGGCAGCUAUGAAAUCAACGAUGCCUAUUAAAAUGGAUUCUGAUUUCGAGAAUAGCGAUGACGAUAAUGAUUUAGAGGAAUCAUAUUUCUCUUCUGAAGAUGAAGAUGAAGAUGAUGUUGGCAAUAAAACUUCUGUAUUUUUAUUUUUAGAUGGUCCAGCCCACAAAAAAAUUAAAUUGAAACAUUUACCGACUUUUGCAUCGUAUGAGGAUAUAGCGUCAUUAGUUAAUAAAAAGAAUCGCAAGAGAUUUCGCAAGAAUUAA